AGCCGGAUCUAUCCGUCGCCAUUACUGACUGGAAUGAGAGGGGAGGGGAUGGCUCUCCGAUUGCACGCAUACCACUUACUGCUAAAAGACUGAAAACAACCACUUUCGAGAAAAUUUGCCGAUUACUCCAACCACCCACGGGAAACACAACAAAACUGGAAUUUGUUUCGGAAUCGCAUCCGUUGAAAUUAAAGGAAAUAGUUGGAAUGCCACCUCCUAUCUGUGGUGUCGGGAGCUGGGAGCGACCAUGUUAGGUAGGUGAUAGGAGGGGAAAGAGCAGUCGUGCGGGACAGAUGAUCCAGAUUACAUUGGCUCACUCAAAGUGAGACAUGGAAAUGUGCCUGCGCUAGCAAAUGGAAGUACACGCUUGCCUUGCCGGCAUACUUUGCUUAUUGUAACAAGCAAUGAGAGGGGCAAUAUAAUGGCCAAGAAUAAGGAGCCCCGUCCUACAUACGCUGUCAGUGUCGUUGGGCUCUCGGGCACUGAGAAAGAGAAGGGCAACUGUGGUGUAGGUAAAUCCUGCCUAUGCAACAGAUAUGUACACCCCAGUGCGGACUGCUACUACUCGGAGCACACUUCUGUGUUGAGCACAAUUGACUUUGGAGGGCGUGUGGUGAAUAACGACCACUUCUUAUACUGGGGCGAAGUAUUACAUCGAGGGGAUGAUGGCCUUGAGUGUAGAAUCCAGGUCAUCGAGCAGACUGAGUUCAUCGAUGACCAGACCUUUUUGCCUCAUCGGAGCACAAACCUGCAGCCUUACUCGAAACGGGCUGCAAAUACGAAGCUUCAGUCUGCUGAGAAGCUGAUGUACAUUUGCACAGACCAGCUUGGGUUGGAGCAGGAUUUUGAUCAGAAGCAGAUGCCCGAUGGCAAGCUCAACAUCGAUGGCUUUGUAUUGUGUAUCGAUAUAAGCAAAGGAUGCAAUAGAAAAUUUGAUGACCAGAUGAAAUUUGUCCACAGUCUUUAUUCUCAAAUUUCCAAGACGAAAAAACCCAUAAUCGUUGCUGCAACGAAAUGUGACGAAUGUGUCGAGCAAUAUCUGAGGGAGGUUCAGACGUUUGUUGCAGGUAAAAAGAAUCUCAUGUUGGUGGAAACAUCAGCUCGAUCAUCUGUGAACGUGGAACUUUGUUUCAAUGCUCUGACACAGCAGAUGGACAAAACCCGAGGUAAACCCAAAAUCAUCUCUUAUUUGGAAGCAUGCAAAUCCCAGAGACAAUUAGUAGCUUCUGUCUCAGACAAGUUUGAAAAGCUCAUUGUUCAAACUGUCCGAGAUUAUCACACAAGCUGGAAAAUUGUCAGCAAUAAGUUGAAAAGCCACCCAGACUAUGAAGAGUACAUCAACUUAGAAGGCACCAAAAAGGCCAGAAACAUCUUUUCAAAGCACAUCGGACAGCUGAGACAAGAGCAUAUCAAGAGGCGGCGUGAGGAUUAUCUUACCAGUCUGCCAAAAAUUCUUAAUAAGUUGCUUAACAACCUGGAGGAAAUUGAGACUCUGAGUUGGACUGAGGCUCAGAGCCUUAUGAAGAGCAGGCCUGAGUUUCAGUACUGUUUCAUUGAGUUAGAACAAACGCCAUGGUAUGAGACCGACCACCUCGAUAAAACUGACGACAGAAGAGUGCCCUUCGAUGUACUCAAAACCAUGGAAGGAGAGAGGAUUUAUCAAAACCACGUCCAGCAUUUGAUAUCUGAGAAGAGGCGGUUGGAGAUGAAGGAGAAAUUCAAGAAGACGCUGGAGCGAGUGCAUUUCAUUAGCCCCGGCCAGCCGUGGGAAGAGGUCAUGUGCUUUGUCAUGGAGGAUGAGGGGUACAAGUACAUCACUGAGUCAGAUCGCAGGGAUGUUUAUAGUCGGCAUCAGCAGGAAAUAGUUGAAAGGGCCAAAGAGGAGUUUCAGGAAAUGCUUUUUGAGCACUCAGAGCUGUUCUAUGACCUCGAUUUGAAUGCGACCCCAAGCUGUGACAAAAUGAGUGAGAUUCAUGCCGUGCUUAACGAGGAACCUAGAUACAGAGCUCUCCAGAAACUCGCCACAGACAGGGAGUCACUUUUACUGAAACACAUCGGGUUUGUCUAUCACCCCACAAAGGAAACAUGCCUCAGCGGCACGGCUUGCAUCGACCUCAAAGUCGAGCAAAUCCUCGCCAACAGGCUAGUUCAGCUGGAUCAUGGCCGCUCUAAUAUCUACUACAACAGUGCCAACAUUGAAAAGGUUAACCUGUGUCUCGUAGGCAGGGAAGGAUUGGCGCAGGAGCUCGCAAAUGAAAUCCGAGCUCAGUCCACUGAUGAUGAAUACACCCUUGAUGGGAAAAUCUAUGAAUUAGACCUUUUGCCUGUGGAUGUCAAUUCUGGCAUGCUUUCGAACCAUUCCUGGAUAUCGACUUUCAAGCCCCAUGGGUUCUUUUGUGUCUUCAGCUCUAUAGAGUCGCUUAAUUACAUUGGUGACCGCAUAAGCCGAAUACGAGCUGAGAUCGCCCAGAGCAGAAGGGAUAGGUAUAGCCAGCCAGUGCCAUUCAUUCUUAUUCUAGCAAAUCAGCGCGACAGUAUUUGCAAAAACAUGCCUAUUUUAAGGCAUCAGGGCCAACAGCUUGCAAACAAGUUACAGUGUACUUUUGUAGAUAUAGCCACCGGCACUUUUCCCAGGAAGUUUAAUGAGUCUCAGAUAAAACAGGCCCUCAGAGCUGUGUUGGAGGGAUUGAAGCACAAUUUCGACAUGAUGAACCCCAUGCCCUCAAUUAAAGAUCUGUCUGAGACAGAUUUACGGAUAGUCAUGUGUGCCAUGUGUGGAGAUCCAUUUAGCGUGGAUCUCAUUCUCUCACCGUUCCUGGACUCGCAUUCCUGCAGUGCCGGACAGCCCGGGCAGUGCAACACAUUGAUCCUUGACAAAAUCAUCGGCGACAGUCGCAGACGCAUACAGGUCACUGUGCUCUCCUACCACUCCUCCAUUGGAAUCAGAAAGGACGAAUUGGUGCAUGGUUACAUUCUUGUUUACUCAGCAAAACGAAAGUCUUCCAUGGCUAUGCUGAGGGCAUUCCUGGCUGAAGUCCAGGAUGUCAUUCCAGUUCAAAUGGUGGCCAUUACGGACAGCCAAGCAGACUUCUUUGAGAACGAUGCGAUAAAAGAGCUGAUGACUGAAGGGGAGCACAUUGCCACGGAAAUCACUGCUAAGUUUACCGCUCUUUACUCGUUGUCCCAGUAUCACAGGCAGACAGAAGUUUUCACGCCAUUUUUCAACGAGGUCCUGGAGAAGAAGAGCAACAUCGAAAGCUCCUUCAUGUUCGACAGUAGCAGGGACGGAACAGGCACCGGUGAAGAUGUCUUCCCGCAGUCCCCUCAUAGCCAUUCGCCUGCCUACCAAUACUACCCUGACUCCGAGGAUGAUGGGGAGGGACCGCCACCUUACAGCCCGAUAGGCGAUGAUGUGCAGCUGCUGCCUAAUCCUAGUGAACGGAAGUACAGGAUCGACCUAGAAGGAAACGAGUACCCGGUUCACAGCACACCUCUUGGUGAUCACGAGCGUAACCACAAAGUGCCUCCCCCAGUAAAACCCAAGCCUAAUGUGUUGCCCAAACCCAAUGUUAAGAAGCUGGACCCCAACCUUCUGAGGACCAUUGAGGCUGGAAUGAGGAACUCCAGGAGGACGCGAAGUCCAAUGAUGGGUCACGGUGAUGACCUCGAAGCAUCCGACAACUAUGCAGAGCCGGCCGACACUCUUCUCAAAUUCAAAGGCUUUAGUGAUGACAUAUAUGCAGUACCGGAAGACGCGCACAGUAGAUCUGGCAAGAGCCGCAACUCGUUCGGUGGACUCGCUCUGCACGGGGACGAGGAGAACGGCUUUGACUCCAUGUCUAAGUCUCAGGGUGGCAGAAGGCCUUCUAAGUAUAAACAUCGUUCUAAGAUCCUCUUCAGCAAGACAAAAGCUUAUCAAAGACGAGUGCACUCAGAUGUCAGUGACGAUGAGUCGGGGCCUGCGACGCAGAAGAAGAAGAAAGGAAGGGGUAACCGAGGAAGUGAAGAAGAUCCACUUCUCUCACCAGUGGAUCCUUGGAAAGGAGGGAUAGACAAUCCAGCCAUCACAUCUGACCCAGAGCAGGAUGAUAAGAAAACAAAGAAAAAGAAAGCACCAAAGAUCAAGGAACCCAAAAAGGCAAAGACAAUAAAGACCACAAAGCCAUUGUACCCACCAACUCGUAGAAAUUGGGAGAGCAACUAUUUUGGAGUGCCUCUUCAGAACUUGGUCACUCCUGAUAGACCCAUACCUUUGUUUAUUGAGAAGUGUGUUGACUACAUUGAGCGAACUGGUCUCACCACAGAGGGCCUUUAUCGAGUGAGUGGAAACAAGACGGAUCAAGACAACAUUCAGAAACAAUUCGACCAGGACCACAGCGUUGACCUGAUAGUGAUGGAUGUAGCCGUGAACGCUGUGGCUGGGGCCCUAAAGGCCUUCUUUGCCGACCUCCCUGACCCCCUCAUACCGUACUCUCUCCAUCCAGAGCUGGUGGAAGCAGCCAAAAUCGUAGAUCAUUACGAAAGACUGCAGGUGCUUAAGGAAAUCGUGAGAAAAUUUCCUCCUGUGAACUAUGAAGUUUUCAAAUACGUCAUCACUCACCUCAACAGGGUAAGUCAGCAAAGUAAGACCACGUUGAUGACGGCCGACAAUCUCUCCAUCUGUUUCUGGCCUACGCUCAUGAGGCCUGAUUUUGAGAACAAGGAUACGCUGUCCACCACCAAACUCAACCAGUCCGUCAUCGAGUCCUUCAUCCAGCAGUGCCAGUAUUUCUUCUAUGGUGGUGACAUCACAGAGCCCUCCAGCGCUGAGGGGACUCCUCCUCCACACGGUCAUGGUUUGGAGUCUCUGAUGGCCCUGCAACUCCCUCCUCCCCUCCAACCACAGCAGAUCCAGCACCCGCUGCCCCCCGAACCCCUCAUAUAGACCCCCCAGAUCACAUUCGGCUGCGUGGAAGCCUCCUAAAACAAGAAGUGAAAAUUAAUUAUCUUUUUUUUUUUUUUGUACAAAAGAUGUGACUUUCAGAAAAGAUUUUUUUUUUUUAAUUUCCAUGUUUUGCCUCUCAGUAAAUGUGCACAUUGACUAAUUUCAAACAUCGUGAACACAAGGAAGAUAUAUUUAUGAAACUCUUUUUCUUUUUUUCUGAAAGACAAUGGAGCUCUCAGUCACUCACUAAAACCAACACCACAUGCACGGCUUACCAUAAUGGCAAAAUGUGCCAUUUUUCUGCUUGUGUUUGUCCUCUUUUUAUUUUACAAUGGACUAAAGAUAUAUUUUUAGGAAAUUUUUAUCUUAAAGACAGCAGUCGUUGUUGGGGUGGUGGUAUCCCAAGUCGUUUGGGAUUGAACUAACAUGAGUUUAUAAAAUCAGGGGCGCCUGCCUAGGAUGCACUUUGUCCUACAGACAUUGAACCGGGAGCCCCUCGUACUCUGGAAACCACAGAAAGGGAAACGGCCCACUGCAACCACUUGGCACAUCUCAGAGAUCCAGGCUUCAGAAGACGCCUGGUUAUCUCCAUCUCGUUUCAUGUUCGUUCGUUUCGGUUCCGCAGACCGCCGUUCUAUGGUUCUUUUGAUUCAUUUCGUGAACUGAAUUUGCAUGUUCUUUGCCACUUGUAAUAACUGAAAGAGUUAACGCGGAGGAAAACCGUAAAUGCUUAACUGUUUUUAUGCAAAACUUUUUUUUUUUUUUUUUUUACCUAACUUGUUUAAGGGAACAUUAAACUGGGGUAAAUUUGUUAUAUUUGUUUGUUUGUGUCAUGCCAUAGUUCAACUUUUAAUAUCAUUAUUUUGGCUUUAAUUAUUUCCCUAAAAUAGGAAAAUAUAAAUAUCUCUAUAUAUACUAUAUAUAUACUAUAUAUAUAUACUAUAUAGUGUAUGUAUGUAUAUAUGUAUGUCAGCAUCAUUUGAUGGCUGAUGAAACAAAAAUCACGGGGUACUGGAGCUCUGUAUAAUCUUGUAAAACCUAUAUUCAGAUCUCUUUGUGGUAUGAUGUAUUAAAAUCUGGGGUUAGAUCCAUUGACUGUACUUAAUUCCCUAUAUGAAUUUUUUUUUUUUAAUUAGAUGGUACUGAAUUUUUUUCCACUGUAACAGAUGCUGUUAGAAAGCUUGCAUUCUUUGUGUGGAAAACAGCACAACUCAGAGAUGUUUAGCUGUGUUGUCAAUGGAUGGGAACAAAAAUGACAAGAUUUAUCUUAAUUGACUCACUAAAACGGAGGAAAGGGCUCAAUAGGGCAAGUGUGCAGCUGCUAGGAUCCCAUUUAGUAUAGUUAAAAAAAGAGCAACAUUGUUCAUAUGAUUGCCUCAUAUGAUGUACAAACUAAAUAUUUUAACAUCAUCUGCUAUGUAUUAUAGUAAAUAAAUGAUUUUGACAAAUGA